CGAAGCUCCAGUGUCCUCGAGCAAAGCAUGGCGGUGACGCCUCCAAUCUGCGACCAGUUUCGUCGGCUCUGCAUGCAUGGCUCGAGCGUUUCAAGGCGAGGAAGACAGAGCCGAUGAGAACUGUCUCUGCUCUUCACGAUGAUCUAAUAUUUCUAGCGAUUGCGCCUGAGUGUGAGAAAUAAGGGCUAGGAUGUUACCCCACACCUCAGCGCUUCUGGAAGCCAAGUCGACCGGCGAGCGCAAGUCGGAUCACAGAAGACUGUUGACGAACGGCUGAAUUCUGCACACUGCCGAACGCGAGUGUCAGGCAGUCGAGGGACGGGAGGAUGAGGCCGGGAUGGCAUCUUCGUGGAAAUACGACAGACGACGGUGUAUGAGUGCGGAAAUAGAGAGGAUCUCCAAUCGCGGGAAUGAGAUAUGCGCAGUACAUCUUCCAUCUCUCCGCGGCACGGUAGAAGUCGCACGCGCGCGCAACUCCCGACGCAAGAAGCUAUGUAUCUACGUUGCCGCGAAGCCGGAGCGCGCAGAUCCGCCUGCAACUAUGUACCGUUUUCUUCUGCCACCUGCGGUCCGGCGGAAGCUCGCCGUGCACAGACUCCCGCAGGCGAUUUCCUCGUUACAUACAGUAUGCUGACUGCCUGCCCGGGAUUCCGAAUACGAUCCGUUGCGGUGCGCGUUGGUGUCGGGCUGGGGGUACAGUACGCUCAGUGCGCGGCGGACGCCCUUGAGCAAGUGCGAUCUGCCUUUGCGCUGCUGAAGCGAUCGAGAGAUCUGCCCCCCGCUCUUCACACUUCGCCUACUGAAUCACGUCGACGGGAGGACAUCUGGAACCCGGCGGCGAGCCGGACGGGGAAUGGAAGUCCGAUGAGGCUGCGGGGGCUGGUUAUCUCGGCCAGGACCCGUUCGUGGCGUUGAUUGAGGUAAGUACGCGAGGAUGGUGGACCGCGCGCGAGGCCCGAGCUCGUUCAGACUCGCUCCGAGGAGUGUCUGCAUUUGAAGAGCUCAUUUUACGGAGGGAUUUUUCCUUAUGCUGGAGAGGACAUUCGGAG